CUUACACACUCACGCUUCCCACCUCCCCUCAGCCUCUCUCGUCUUCCUCGGACUGCAGCAGAGAAGCCGCUGCAUCGAAGAAGACAAGAAACAAGAAAUCUCGGCACGAUGCUUUCUAUCUCUGCCGCUUCAUAAAGAGGAAAACCGGGGAGCGGUGACUCAUCGAGCUCGGUACGAUGCAUCUGGUCCUCUGCAGGCUGCUGGUGAUCUCCUUGGCUGAGCUCUGACAGGACAGAGGAUCUUUCAAAUUUGAGAUAUCGGCUCAUUACUCAAUCAUUGGUGUCCUGACUGGCUUUUCAGCACUAAUAAACUGCCUUGUUCUGUCAAGAAAGGAAGGAAAAAUAACUUUUGUAGCACCUUGUGGAAUAAAUCUCAAUAAGUUUCAUUUAAGAAACUUUAAGUGCCACAUUUUCUCGUGCCAAGAUGGAUGAAACGCACAACAACAGGAUUUCCUUGGCAAAAGGUGCCAAGGACAUCGCUAAGGAAGCCAAGAGGCAAGCUUCAAAAAAUGUAGGAAAAGCUGUUGAUCGUGCCUCAGAUGAAUACUCGACUCAUCGCAGCUACAACCGUUUUCAGAACGAGGAAGAAGACGAGAACAACUACAAUGCUAACGGUCAGCACGGAGGUCACUAUGCUGGCAACGCAGCCAACGAUGAGGAAGGGGCCUCCAGUGAUGACACAGAGGGUCACGACGAUGAAGAUGAGAUCUACGAGGGGGAGUACCAAGGCGUCCCGGCCCACAAUGAGGGGAAGCUGCGGGACGGUCAGGUGGCUCUGGGUCAGCCGGUUUCUGAUAGCCUAAAGAGUCGCAAGGAGCUGGAAAAUGAGAGACAGACGGACGAGGAGGAGCUUGCCCAGCAGUACGAGCUGAUCAUGCAGGAGUGUGGCCACGGGAGAUUCCAGUGGCAGCUGUUUUUCGUCCUCGGGCUGGCGCUCAUGUCUGACGGCGUGGAGGUGUUCGUGGUCGGCUUCGUCCUCCCCAGUGCUGAGACAGACAUGUGUGUCAAAAACUCUGGUGCUGGAUGGCUGGGUAGCGUUGUGUAUCUGGGGAUGAUGUUUGGAGCUUUCUUUUGGGGCGGCCUGUCAGACAAGUUGGGCCGUAAACAGUGCCUGCUGAUCUCCAUGUCCGUCAACGGCUUCUUCGCCUUCCUCUCUUCUUUCGUCCAAGGAUACAGCAUGUUCCUCGUCUGUCGCAUGGUGUCUGGCUUCGGGAUUGGUGGUGCGGUACCCAUCGUGUUCUCGUACUUUGCGGAGGUGUUGGCUCGGGAGAAGAGAGGAGAGCAUCUGAGCUGGCUGUGCAUGUUCUGGAUGAUCGGAGGGAUUUAUGCCUCAGCCAUGGCCUGGGCCAUUAUCCCACACUACGGCUGGAGUUUCAGCAUGGGUUCAGCCUAUCAGUUCCACAGCUGGAGAGUGUUUGUGGUGGUGUGUGCGCUGCCGUGUGUCUCUGCAGUGGUCGCUCUCACUUUUAUGCCUGAGAGCCCCCGCUUCUUGCUGGAGAAUGGUAAACAUGACGAGGCCUGGAUGGUGCUCAAACACAUCCAUGACACCAACAUGCGCGCCCGUGGAGAGCCUGAGAGAGUCUUCACAGUCAACAGGAUAAAAGUCCCCAAACAGCUGGACGAGCUGGUGGAGAUGCAGAACGAGUCAGCCAACCCCGUGCUCAAAGUCCUCUUGAAGAUCAAGGCUGAGCUCAGAGGAAUCUGGUUGACUUUUAUGAAAUGCUUCAACUACCCAGUGAAAGACAACACAAUAAAGCUGGCUGUAGUUUGGUUUACUCUGUCUUUUGGGUACUACGGGCUCUCCGUCUGGUUCCCGGACGUCAUUAAGCACCUUCAGGCCGACGAUUACGCCUCCAGGGUGAAGAUCCACAACAACGAGCGCAUUGAAGACUUCACCUUCAACUUCACCCUGGAGAACCAGAUCCACAGGAACGGCAUGUUUCUAAAUGACAGGUUCAUCGGUAUGAAGAUCAGGUCAGUCACAUUCAUCGACUCGUCCUUCCUCAACUGCUAUUUUGAAGACGUCACCUCCGUAGGGUCGAUCUUCAAUAACUGCACAUUUGUCGACUCCUUCUUUUAUAACACAGAUGUUGAUGAUGCAAAACUUACAAAUUCAAGAGUGAUCAACAGCUCCUUCCAUCACAACAAGACGGGCUGUCAGAUGACAUUUGACGACGACUACAGCGCCUACUGGGUCUACUUUGUCAACUUCCUGGGAACGCUGGCUGUGUUGCCAGGGAACAUCGUCUCUGCCUUGCUCAUGGACAAAAUAGGACGUCUCAGCAUGUUAGGAGGCUCCAUGGUGCUGUCAGGCAUCAGCUGCUUCUUCCUGUGGUUUGGCACCAGCGAGUCCAUGAUGAUCUUCAUGCUCUGUCUCUACAACGGCCUCAGCAUCUCCGCCUGGAACUCAUUGGAUGUCGUCACCGCUGAGCUGUACCCAACAGACAGGAGGGGUACAGGCUUCGGCUUCUGUAAUGCUAUGUGUAAGCUGGCUGCGGUGAUGGGCAACCUGAUCUUUGGCUCUCUGGUUGGCAUCACCAAAGCGAUCCCCAUCCUACUGGCCUCGUCUGUGCUGGUUGCCGGCGGGUUGGUGGGGCUCCGACUGCCAGACACACGUGCCAAUGUCCUCAUGUAAACCUCGACACAGGACAGUGUUGUUUGCCAGGUAUUUACUCCGUUUAGUGAAUAACUAUUCUUUAAUGGGCUGCUUUAUUUGAAGCUGCCAUCAUUGUUGUAUUUAUUAUUUGCUGAACAAUGUUGACUGUAUUCUCAAACAGGACAAGUGGGUGUUAUUCUGUUAUUUCUGAGUAAAAACCUGGCAAACAAUAAAAGAUCAUUGUUGAGUUGCAGUUUGACUAACAAUGAGCUGUAGAUAUAAAGAGUUUGGAGAAAACAGUCAAAGGUUAGAAAUGUACCAAGUGUACGUGGCUGGUUGCCAAAGGCCUGGGCAUUCAUGCAGGAAUUCAAAUGCUACUGUUCAGAAACAAGUAAGAAUUUUCAGUGGUGAUGAAACUCUGAAUAUCAGCAGCUCAUUCGCUGUUUUCACACAUGCAGCACACAAAUGUGUUUCAAAACUGCAAAAGGCUUGGACUUCCCACAACCUUCUCUCUUAAAUUUCUUCAGAUUAAAGGGAUAGUUUGAGCUUUUGGGACCCAUGCUUAUUCAAAGAACACAUUAGCAGCUGCUUAGCUUAACUUAAUGACAGGAAACACCGGGCUAGCAUGGCUCUGUCCAAUGGUACACAAUCUGCCAAUCACGCUUAAGCUUACUUGUUUACCUUUUUUUUCAUUUCAUCCUUUACCAAAAAAAAAAGCAUGUUAAGCAAGGGGUUACUUUAUGUGGUUAUGUGCCGUAGGCCUACUUCUUUUUCAGUAAAUGUGCAGUGCUUUUCACACUUUUUUUCCCAAGGGAUUAACCCAAACAAUUCAUCAUUUUAUUAGUGAGCUUCCGAGGUGCUGAUAAGUAUAUAUUGUUAGAGCAAGGCCAGUUGUUUUCCUCUGUUUCAAGUGUUUGUAUUAAGCUAAGCUAUCUAGAUGCUAGUGUUUGUAUUAAGCUAAGCUAUCUAGAUGCUAGCGGUAGCAUCAUGUUACAUUACAAACAUUAGGAGUGCUUUCACUCUUUGCAUCCAACUCUGAGCAAGAAUGCAAGUGUGUAUAAAGUUCAGCUAAAUGUCAAACUAUUCCUUUAAGUAAAAUAAUAUUUUUAACAAACAUUUAUUUGAUCAGGCUUGUUUAUAUGUAUAUAUAUAUUUAAUGAUUUAUGAGUAUUUGUAUUGCUUCAACAGUGUGCUUUUUUGUGUUUAAAGGCCAGAAAUUGAAGGUACUUUUUCCCUCUGUUCUUACACCUGUGAUUUGGGACGUUCAAGCCUUUUGCUGCAAUUUUAAAGAAUGACAAGGCCAUAAGAAAAAUAAAUAAAUCAAUAAAGUAGUUUAGUCAAAACCGGCAACUUCAGCAGCUACAUUUCUAAAGUGAAAAAAAGUUUACAUUUUCUGCUUUUUACAGUAAGAGACUUUUGGGAUUGGAAACCUUUUUUCCGAAUGCUUCCUCUCUCCCUCUUUCUUGUCUGUGUCGUGUUUCGUCUCGUGGUAACGAGCUCACCACGAAGGGCUUUGCUCUCCGUUGCAAUCCAAUCUGUAAAAAAAUGAAUUUAUACGCUGUUAAAAUCCGCUCUCCUCCCUGUUUUUCUUUAUUGUCUCACUGUUUCGGUUUUCCUCAUGGUGUAUCUCUCCCAGUCUUGUCCUCUUGCUCUGUUUAUCUCCUCCUGCCCUGCUGCUGCUCCCCCCUAAAACUCAAAGGCCUUUAUCAAAUGUCGUGCCUCUUUCUCCAUUGAGCCCGUCUCUUCUUCCAAACCUUUGCUGGAAGCUUUGCUGCUCUGUCCUGCUUUUUAUCGGCUUUUCAUCUCUUGAUACUGCAGUGUUUAUGAGUGUUUGUAUGAGUGUGUGUGCCAGACAAACCCUUAUAAGAUCAGUGAGCUUCUCCUUUUUUGUUUACCAUACCAGGGAACUGAGUGUUUUUUGGAGGAUUUUAACAACAUGAUGAAGUGAAAUUAAAAGCCAUGCUUAAAUGAUCAAUUCACCCAAGUUCCAAAAAAACAUGCCAUGCAAAUAUUAAAUGUGGAUCUCAUCAGGAAAGAGAAAGUCAUUUGGAUUCUUCCUCUAGGGCCAAUGUGCAUUUGUACAGUUUAAUAAUAAUUCAUCCAAUAUUUGUUGAGAUAUUUCAAUCAGAACCAGAAAUGUCAACCUCAUGAUAGAGCUAGAAUAAAAGUCACGGGAUAAGCCAUGUCAGUAGGAUUCACCCUCUGGAGACCAUGAAGGUUUUUGCAACAUUUCAUGGUUAUUCAUUUCAUAUUUGUUGAGAUAUUGACCUAGAUUUCCCUUCCUAGAACAACAACUAGAUGUACCUUUGUAGAAACAGUGUCCCUACUCUAGAAAACCAACAGAACAGUUUUCCAAAAAACAAUAUGCAACUGACCUCCAUUUUAAUGAAGUGAUGGCAGACACAAAUCUGGGCAAAUACAACUACAGCCACCUGCAACCCUUGAUUCAAUCGCUGCUAAAUAAAAAAAAAUACAUGUAUUUUUGUAAGUUGGGUGAAUGGACCAUUUGAAACCUCUAUUGAAUGGAACUUUUGCUGCUACAAUGUUAAUAAGAAAAAGGUAAUUUGUAAAAUAUAAAAUGUCCUCUUCUGGUUUGCUGAAUCAUACAAAAUGUCAAACAACACAAAAUUAAAAUACUGUUUCAUUCAGUUUCAUCAGCUUUAAAAAGGUGAUAUUUAGUGUCAAUGGUAUGUUGCUUAUAGCCUAUUUCUUACUCUGGAAAUGUGUGUGGUACAUAAGCUCCUACUGUACAUGCAGCUAUUUCGUUUACAUUUUUUCUUACUGAAAUGCAGUUGUUUUGAGAUCUGGUUUCCUGAUGUUUGAUGCUUUAUCCCCAUCCAACAUCCCCCUCCACUUGUGCAGAAAAAACUCACUAAACAUCACUGUUUGCAAAAAGAAAUCCUGCAUGUUUGUUACUGAAGUCCUUCUGUUGUGUGUGCUUUUUCCAUCUUGGUGUCUUCACUGUUCCUCUGCGGGGGGGAAACAGACAUGUGAACCCGGGUCAAAGGUGAAUGUAUCAUUCUUGUGUGUCGUCAGAUCGUUGUUGACAGGUGUUCAUUAGACUGAGAUGACUUCUAUGUCAUUGUGAAAGGGCAUGCCAGUGUUGAGAUGACUUUAUGUACUACAACAUGUUACGCAGCAGGGGGGGUCAAAUCUGCUCUUUGUUGUGAAGGUUUCCAGGUAUAUUCAUUAUGAAGUCACUGAAACAGGAAUGGCAUUUCCAGAGUAGUGACUUUCAGAUUUUAAAACCUCUGCUGUCAAACAAUAUGUGAAGGUGUGUGUGUAAAAACAAUUACCUGUCCUUGAUAUGAUUUAUUUUGUUAAGAAAAGGCUCAAGUGAAUGCAGUGUAAAG